AUGGAUCAGGCCUGCGAAGUGAGCAGGAGGGGCUGCCUGCUUUCUUUCGCCACUCCUUUGGGGCUAGAUGCGCUGGAGGAGGACGGGCACAGCAGCCCCUACGCGGGGGAGGGUCGGAGCCGUAGCCCCGAGCUCCCUAAUGGGUGCCCCGUGGGGCUCCCUCCAGCAGCGUCCAAGGCUACAUUCGGCCAAGACCCAUCCUCCUGCUAUACCCCACUGCGCAGGCUGCAGGAUUUGGCCUCCAUGGGCAAUGCUGAAUAUUUGAAUGGCUCAAAAGAUGGCUCUGAUUCCUUGCAGGAGCUGGAAAUGAACGACUCCAGCCGGGACUCCCUGGAGCCUUGCAGUUCGUCGUUGUUAGGUGGCCCCAAAGACUCUGCCAGGCUUCUGGAUUUUGAGUCUUUUUCCCCAUCGGAGGAAGACCAGGAGGUGGAUUCAGAAGCCUCAUCCAUCACAGCUGAGGCAAAUCCGGAGGAAGAAAUUCACUUGAGGAUGGAAAGUAGAGCUACAGCCACCUGCAGCAAGGAAACCGACUCUGAAAACAGGGCAGACCUCCAGCUAGGAGACUGUAUAGAAAUUAGACCCAGUGCAACCAUUUCUGCCCUCUUAUCAACCCCAGUUUCUUCUCCAGAGCAUGUGCAAAAUAAUUCUUACCAAGAGUCUGCUCUAGGGAGCAGAACUGUGAAAACGGAUCUACCCUCCAUGCCUUAUUUACCUGGAGAUGCUGACCUGCGAAAAGAAAACCAAUACAGUCUCAUGAAAGUAUCGGAAAAGCAAGAUCCAAAUCCGACUCCUAUCGCCUUAGGAAACUUGAUAGAAAGGCUUGAAUCGUCAAUUACUGCAAAUCCACCAACUCCAGGAUUAUCAUCUGUAAGCAGCCUUGGGGGCCGAACCAAGAAGAAACCUGCCCCAUUGAAAUAUGACGCUGGAGAUCUUGUAUGGGCCAAGUUCAACAGACGUCCGUGGUGGCCCUGUAAAGUUUGUCAUGAUCCUGUAUUAGAUACACAUUCAAAAAUGAAAGUUACUAACCGCAAGCCAUAUCGAGAGUAUUAUGUGGAAGUAUUGGGUGAUCCGUCUGAAAGAGCCUGGGUGAUAGGAAAAGCUAUUGUGAUUUUUGAAGGAAGACAUCAGUUUGAAGAACUACCUGUCCUUCGGAGAAGAGGGAAACAAAAAGAGAAAGGUUACAGGCACAAGGUUCCUAAGAAAUUUAUGGCUAAAUGGGAGAUCAGUGUCGGCCUUACUAGUGAAUAUCUUAAGCAGAACGGCAUGAAAAAGUGUAUCCGGACUUCUAGCAAAUUGGAGAGCGUCCAUUUAAUGGGAUCGUGUAAAAAGGAUUCCUUAAACGAGCAGAGCAGGCAUCUGAAUGGAUGUUUGAAACCAUUAGCAUUUGAUUCUAAACAUUUCUCCCAUGACAAAGGGAAAACAUUCACUAAAUCACAAAUGAGGAAGAACUCUGAUGCAAGGAAGGGGAGUAGAAUAAAAAAAUGUAGCACUAAGAGAGAGUGUGAAGGGAAAGUGCCAAUGAGCAAAGUUAAAAGUACAAUUUUUGAAAACAUGCCAGAUAAGCAGGCAUCUCAUGAACUUUGCAGAGCAGCAGAAAGCCUUAUAGGUUCCAAAUGUACCGUGGAAAACUACUUGCUCUCUUCCUUUGGGGAAAGGCAAUUUGAAAAUAAAUCUAAGAAAGCAGAUUACGACAUCUUUCAAAGAGACUGCCAACUUGAACCCCCCAAAAUAGAUUUGAAGAAAAAGAAAAGCCCCUCCGGCUUCAUGUCGAGUUCAAAACAACAGCUGCCAUAUUCUGGAACUGAGGGUGGAAAUGAGAGAGAAAAAGAAAUGGACUCUGAUGGUAUCUGCGAUCUAGAGCCUCUUGACCAAAGUAUUGCAGCAGCAUGUAGAGAUCUAAAAAUUUGUGACUCUAUGAACAAAACAGGAAGGGAACUGUCUUUGGGGCAAAGAAGCAUUAAACGUCCUGUAUCUCUCCCCAAAAGUAGUAACAGAAAUCAGAAACCUCUGGAAGGCUCCUUAGAUAGGGAUACCAAGGUUGAAACAGGAGGUGAGCAAUUCCAGCAGCCAUCCUUCGAAGCUGAGAGGAAGGCAUCUGCUUACAGGAAGGACAAUCUUACCACGGUAGAUAAGCACACUACACUCCAAAGUAAAGGGUUUACAAGUCACAUGGAUAUUAAACAGCUCCAGUUCAGAACUAUAAAAUGCAAACAUAAAGGAUCUGCUGCUGCCACAGAAUCAUCUCUUAAGAAAGAGGAAUGUCUGCCUGACUGCUGCUUUUCUACUACCAAAAGUGCUCCUGGGUUUCAAUUAGAUACACCUGCCAAAAGUGGGAAGCUCGAUGGCUCUAAACUGCCAAACAGUACUAGAGAGAAAUCUUGUGAUUCUGCUGAAAUAGAAACAGCUGUUGUGAAACACGUGCUUUCUGAACUGAAGGAGCUGUCCUAUAGGUCCAUGAAUGAUAAAGCUAAAGACGGUGGGUCACCUAAGUCUGCCGUGCCCUUACUCUUUUCAUCUGUCUCGGGGCAGAAUCACUUGCCAAUUGAGCCUAAUUACAAAUUCAGCACCUUAUUGAUGAUGUUGAAAGACAUGCAUGACAGUAAGACAAAAGAGAAACAGAUCAUGACUACUCAGAACAUUGUCUCCUACAGAAGUUCUAGCAAUGGUGAAAGUAGUGGAAGUGAUACUCCGAGUGAUUUGACGUCUUUGACUACCAUGGGAGCAACUCCUAAAAUAGAAAAAAAUCAAGACAGUGUUCAAGAACCAGAAUGUCAUGAACCCAAAGAAGGUCAGUCCUCUUUUUCACAUGCUAUCACAACCAAGUUGAUCAGUCUUGGUGCUAAAAAAAGGGAACUCACAAAUACGGCUGUCCCUGAUACACGCUGCACCGCAAGGCGCAGCUAUCCAAAAUCUAAGCACCUAUCUAAACUAAUAGUUAACACAACAUCAAAGAGCAAAUCAUUAAAACAUUUAUUCAGUACAGCAGAAAGAGUGUCCCACCAGCAUAGAGCUACCCAAAGCUCAGUUGCUAGAUCUCUAGACAGAACCAAGGAAGAUUUUGCAAGGAAAGUACCUUGGGAGUUGGUGCGACACUCCCCUGGUGAAGACUCUUCAAGUUCCUCUGAUGGCAGUUUAGUUCAUAUAAAAAAGAAGUCAGAAUCUGGUAAAAAGAAAGAGAGCUACAGGCCCUUUGAAAAGGGGGAGUGCCUAGAGUUGGAAAGAGGACUGAAUAGAGAAGGCUCCAUGGGGGAUGAGUCUAAAGAUGUAAGCCACGUAGCACCCAAAAAGCGAUGGAAGCGUUUUAACCAAAGCAGUUCUAAAGCUGUUGUAAAUGCAGAGAAGAAGCGCCUUAGAAAACCAAGUAAGAGGCUUCUAGAAUAUGCAGAGGAAUAUGAUCACAUAUUUGCAUUGAAGAAGAAGAAAAAGACUCAGGAAUCAUUUCAAAAGAGAAGUUCUCUGGAGAGGUCUGAAACCAAACAGAAAAGCAACAUUGAGAAACAAGCACGUAAUAAACAUCUGGAGCAGAAGCCCUUGGACUCCAUUUCAUCCGCUUCUUCAUCAAAAGAAUCUCCUCCAGUCCUUGAAGCUGAGCGUCCUCUGUCAGAUGAGCCUGAUGUCCAUUCCAGGGAACCAAGAUUAGAAAUGCCAGUUUUGACGUUAUCUUCACCAAAUGUGUUGGAAUCUGUUGCCUCUGCUGCUGAUUCCCAUUCACAGGGAGAAGAACCAAUAAUGAAACCAGGAAGCUUUGAGAGUAAACGGCAGCGAAAGCCAACAAAAAAGCUCUUAGAAUCCAAUGAUUUGGAUACGACAUUUAUACCAAAGAGAGAGUGGACCUCUAUAAAGAAGUGUUCUGAGGCUGGUCCUUUGGAUACUGAAAUGCCUGAGUUUUAUUCCACAUCUCGGCUUUCAAAUGCUGUCGAAGCUCCUGAAAAAGUUCCUGGGAAACCGAGGAAGAGAAAGCGGCAGCGACGCAGUUUGGCAGCAACUCCCUGUAAAAAAGAAAAGAGUGACAGUACCCAGGAGGAAACUCCAAACACUGAGGGUGAUGGAUCUCAUGGAGUAGCUGGAAGCCCGAAGGAAACUACUGAGGAAGACAAUGAACCUGGGUUGCCUUCGUCCAAAAAGAUGCAGGGGGAACGAGGUGGAGGAGCUGCUCUCAAGGAGAAUGUGUGUCAGAUCUGUGAAAAGCCAGGUGAAUUGUUGCUGUGUGAAGCUCAGUGCUGUGGUGCUUUCCACCUGCAGUGCCUCGGGCUCUCAGAAAUGCCGAAGGGCAAGUUUAUCUGCACUGAGUGUUCCACAGGAGUUCACACGUGUUUUGUAUGCAAGAAUAGCGGGGAGAAUGCAAAGCGUUGCUUGCUUCCUCUGUGUGGCAAAUACUAUCAUGAAGAAUGUGUACAGAAAUACCCUCCUACAGUCAUGCAGAACAAGGGCUUUCGCUGCUCACUGCAUAUCUGUAUGACAUGCCAUGCUGCUAACCCAGCUAAUAUUUCUGCAUCUAAAGGUCGCUUGAUGCGUUGUGUGCGGUGCCCUGUUGCAUACCAUUCAAAUGAUUUCUGCCUUGCUGCUGGGACAGUGAUUCUGGCUUCCAACAGCAUGAUCUGCCCCAAUCACUUUACCCCUCGAAGGGGCUGUAGAAACCACGAGCAUGUAAACGUCAGCUGGUGUUUUGUUUGCUCAGAAGGUGGCAGCCUUUUAUGCUGUGAGUCGUGCCCUGCUGCAUUCCAUCGGGAGUGUCUGAGCAUUGACAUGCCAGAGGGGAGCUGGUACUGUAAUGACUGCAAGGCUGGCAAGAAGCCACACUAUAAGGAAGUGGUCUGGGUGAAAGUGGGGCGUUACAGGUGGUGGCCGGCUGAGAUUUGCCACCCUAGGACCAUUCCUAUCAACAUUCAGAAGAUGAAACAUGUCAUUGGUGAAUUCCCUGUCCUUUUUUUCGGAUCAAAUGAUUACCUUUGGACUCACCAGGCUCGAGUGUUUCCUUACAUGGAAGGAGACGUGAGCAGCAAGGAUAAGAUGGCAAAGGGAGUAGAUGGCAUUUACAAGAAGGCUUUACAGGAAGCUGCUGUAAGAUUUGAAGAAUUAAAGGCACAGAAAGAACUGCGUCAGCUACAAGAAGACAAAAAGAAUGAUAAGAAACCGCCACCAUACAAACAUAUUAAGGUAAACAGGCCUGUGGGCAAAGUGCAGAUCUUCACAGCAGAUUUGUCUGAAAUACCGCGUUGCAACUGCAAGCCUGCAGAUGAAAACCCCUGUGGCUUGGAUUCAGAGUGCAUUAAUCGCAUGCUGCUCUAUGAAUGUCACCCUGCGGUUUGCCAAACUGGAGAACGCUGCCAAAACCAGUGUUUCACCAAGAGGCAGUAUCCAGAAGUAGAAAUCUUCCGUACUUUAGCACGUGGCUGGGGUUUGCAAGCUAAGAGAGACAUUAAAAAGGGUGAGUUUGUGAAUGAGUAUGUGGGAGAAUUGAUAGAUGAAGAAGAAUGUCGGGCCAGAAUCCGCUAUGCUCAAGAACAUGAUAUCACCAACUUUUAUAUGCUGACUUUGGACAAGGAUCGAAUAAUUGAUGCUGGACCAAAGGGCAAUUAUGCUCGAUUCAUGAACCACUGUUGCCAGCCAAAUUGCGAGACACAGAAAUGGUCAGUGAAUGGAGAUACUCGUGUUGGGCUGUUUGCCCUUGUAAAUAUUAAAGCAGGGACCGAACUGACUUUUAACUACAACCUGGAAUGUUUGGGGAAUGGGAAAACAGUUUGCAAGUGUGGAGCACCAAACUGCAGUGGCUUCCUUGGAGUGCGGCCAAAGAAUCAGCCACCUGCUACAGAAGAGAAAUCUAAGAAAUGUAAGAGGCGGCACGGAAAGCGCAAGUCACAGACAGAAGUCAUGAAAGAGAGGGAGGAUGAAUGUUUCAGUUGUGGAGAUGGUGGGCAGUUGGUUUCCUGUAAGAGACCAGGAUGCCCCAAAGUCUACCACGCUGACUGCCUCAAUCUGACUAGGCGACCUGCAGGAAAGUGGGAAUGUCCUUGGCAUCAGUGUGACGUGUGUAACAAAGAUGCAGCCUCCUUCUGCGAGAUGUGUCCCCGAUCAUUCUGCAAACAGCAUAGGGAAGGCAUGCUGUUCAUCUCCAAACUGGAUGGACGCCUGUCAUGCACAGAACACGAUCCUUGUGGACCUAACCCUCUAGAGCCAGGAGAGAUUCGUGAGUAUGCGCCUUCCACAGAAUCAGCAGCUGGCUGCCAAAACACUCAGCCAUCAGACCAGCAGCCUGCAGCUACAGGCCCGAAAUCUCAGUCCUCAGAGAGGCUUCCUCUGACUGUGUCUCUGAGGCUGCAAUCCUCAGAUAAACCACCUUCCUCUUCAUUGGCUCUGAGGCUACAGUCCUCAGACAAGCCACCUUCCUCGGUGGCCCUGAAGCUACAGCCCUCAGAUAAAACACCCUCUACAAUGGCACUGCGGCUUCAACCAGCAGACAAACUGCCCUCCACCCUGGCCCUGAGUUUAAAGCCCUCUGACAAAUUGCCCUCCACCCUGGCCUUGAGGUUCAAGCCUUCAGACAAACUAUCCUCUGCCCUGGCCCUUAGAUUGCAGUCAUCAGACAAGCCACUUUCGGCAGUGGCUCUUAGGCUACACCCCUCAGAGAAGUCAGCACCAACGGUGGCCCUCAGGCUGCGGGCCUCAGAAAAGCUAGCUUCCCCUGGGGCCCGGAAGGGGCAACGCCCCGAGAAGCUGUCCCCCACCAUAGUUCGAGAGGAACAGUCCUCUGUCGGCACUGAGGAGAAGCCACCUGGAUCUGAGAGAGCAGCCGACUGCUCGGCCUUAGAGGCACCCAGGAAUUCAGACCCAUCACCUUUGAUGGGUGCUCCCCAGCCCCUACUGCUAGAUAAGCCCCCCACCACCCCACCGCCUCAUGGGCAGGUAGUGGACAGAGCUGCAGAACCUGACUCUCUGAGGCCUGAGCCACAGGGCAGGGCCAUUUCUGUGGGGCCGCUGCCUCAGCCUUCAGGGAAGGCGGCCCCUUCACUGAGCCUGAAGCCGCAGCUGCCAGUCAGACCUGUCACCCCAGUAGCCCUGAGGUCUAAGCCGUCAGAGAAGCUAGUCGCUCCGACCGGCUCACCGCCUCAGACGCCCAGCAGGCUGCCUACCCCUGUGGACACUCGGCCUGUACCAUCUGACAAACCUUCUACCACCGCGGGCCUGAGGCCUCAGCUCUCAGACAGGCUUCCUGCCCCACUAAACCCCAGGCCUUUGCUUUCAGAGAAAGCACUGCGGCCAGUCGACCAGAAUGCUCAACCCAAAGAAAGAGGCUUUGUGACUGUGGAGCAGAACCCUCAGCCGAAAGAACGGACAUCUGUAUCUGGCGAGCAGUCUUGUCGGCCAACGGGGAAAUGUCCACCCUUCCCAGGGCAAACCUCCUGUCCGCUAGAGAACUUGCAAAUGCACGAAAAGACCUCUUGGCUUAGUGCAAAAGGGCUGCCAUCCAUGGAGCAAUCUUUUUGGACAGCUGAGAAACUGCAGUCUCCUGAGCACAGUCUCUGUCCAGGCCAAGAAGCAAUAUCUGCACCCUCCACGGAGCAGACAUUUUGGUCAACAGAGAGAUUGUCUGCAUUUGAACAACCCCCUUGGCCUGGAAGGGAAGCUCCACUACCUUCUGGGCAAACCUCAUGGCUGACCAGAAACAUUCAGACAUUGGAGCAGAUCUCUUGGCUCUCUGGGAAAACACAAAUGCCUGUGGGGCAGGGCAUCUUGCCUUUGUCUGAGCAAAAUGCGGUGCUAGGACUGGACCAGGACUCUCCUGGCCACGAACCUCCUGAGUCUAAAUCUAAGUGA